AUGGCGUCGCCUGCGGCCCAUGCCAACGGCAUCGCAGCCCACGAGAAUGGCUCCCGUCCACGCCAGCGCAAAAGCGCCAGACUCCAAAAGAACGAGCGCACCCACGGCAGCACAGCGCCUUCCGUGAGCAGCAACCUGCGCAACUCUCCAGAAACAGUCUCCGCCAGCGAGACUCCAAGCGGCGCCAACACGCCCCUCCCCGAAGACGCCCCACCGUCCGACCAGUACCUCUUCUCCGCCCGCAAGCUCGCCCGCGCCGAGCAGCGCCGUCUCCGCCGCCGCCUCUUCCCCACCGUCGACUACACGUCGCGCGUGUCCCACUUCGACCCCAACUCCGACUACAAGGACUUCCACGGCUUCUACACGCUGUUCUGGAUAGGGCUGUGCAUCCUGGCCAUCACGACGAUGCUGCGCAACAUCAAGGACACGGGCUACCCCAUGCGCGUGCGCAUCUGGGCCCUCUUCACCGUCAAGCUGCAGCAGCUCGCCCUCUGCGACUUCUUGAUGGUGGCCACCACCGCCGUCUCGCUGCCCCUGCAGCAGCUCUCGCGCCGCUUCGCCGCCGGGUCCCCGGGCACGUGGAAGCGCGGCGGCAUGGCCCUCCAGGCGCUGUACCAGCUGGGCUGGCUGGCCUUUGGCGAGACGGAGAAGCGCCUGCGCGCCCUCGACAACCCCUCCACCGCGUCCAAGGCCCCCGUGUACCAGUACCCGACCCCCGAGAACCCCGACGGGGCGCUACCCGGACCUGGAUCGGGGCUGCGGCUCGACGAGGAGCUCGAGAACCUUAGAGAGGACCUCGCGCGUGAGCUCACCAGCCCCAUGGGCAACGUCACGUACCCGCGCAACCUCUCCUGGGCCAACUACCUCGACUACCUGCUCUGCCCCACCCUCUGCUACGAGCUCGAGUACCCCGCACCCCCACGAUCGACUGGACCGCCCUCUCCAGCAAAAUCGUCGCCACCCCUCCCCGCCGAAACCCUCCUCAUCCUCGCCGAGACCAUUUCCUGGCUCCUUUUCCCCUUUAUGCUCACUUUUUUACUCGUCUUUCUCGUCAUCUUUGAGUACGUCCUCGGCGCCUUUGCCGAGAUCACGCGCUUCGCCGACCGCCACUUCUACUCGGACUGGUGGAACUCGACCGACUGGAUGGAGUUCUCGCGCGAGUGGAACGUGCCCGUGCACUCUUUCUUGCGGCGGCACGUCUACUCGGCCAGCCGCGCCCACAUGGGCAAGCCGCUGGCCACGGCCAUCACUUUUCUCAUCUCGGCCGUGGGCCACGAGAUCGUCAUGGCGUGCAUCACCAAGAAGAUUCGCGGCUACGGCUUCAUCUGCCAGAUGCUUCAGCUGCCUAUUAUUGUCCUCCAGCGCACGCCGUGGGUCAAGGGAGGCAUACGCUGA